AUGGCCUCCGGCAUAAACAAGAUUCAUCAGCCCAGGACUUGCAAUGCACCUAAAGCCGCUCGCAGCAGCUCGUCGGAGGAAAGUAGUCAGGGGAUGCACAUGAAAAUGUGCAAGAAGAUUGCCCAGCUCACUAAGGUGAUAUAUGCCCUGAACACUAAAAACGAUGAACAUGAAGCUAGUAUACAGGCUCUGAGAGAGGCUCAUGAAGAAGAAAUUCAGCAUAUUCUUGCUGAGACAAGGGAAACAAUUCUCCAGUGCAAAAGCAAAGUUGAAGAAGAACAGUUGCUAAGAAAACAUAUUCAGGCACUUGAAAUUGCAGUAGAACAACACAAGAGACUAAAGGAAGAAGCCUUGGCAGAGUUAACAUUGUGCAAGAAGCAGGUGGAAGAGAGGGAGCCAAGAACAGAAAUGGAACAAGCACAGACAGUCCUUUCUAUGGACACGGGAGGAGGACAACCUUUAAUAAAUGAAAUGAAAAACCUGAAGAGUGAGAACCAGAGAGCAAGUGAAGAAAAUACUCAGAAAACAAGCAAACUGCAAGCCUCUUGUGAGAAAGGAAAAGAGACUUUGAAAAAGGCCGUGCAGCAAUCUAUGACAGAAACAAAGAAUUGCCAACAAAGAGAAACAGAGCAAAGUAAGAGCUCAGAGACUGAGGAAGGUUUUUUGCUGCAGCAGGUAAAGAAGCUGGAGGCAGACCUAGAGGAGAAAAACCUGAAGAUAAAUGAGAGGAAGAAGCAUUCCCAGAAGCUGAAGGAGAGAAUACAGAUUGAGGGAACACAACAAGAAAUUUUGGAAUCAAAAGGUAGAGUGGAACAACUGGAGGAAGAUCUAAGUGUAGUCAAAGAAAGAAAUCUACUCCAAGCGAAGGAAAUCCUGCAAAAAGCAGAGGACUUGCUUUGUAAAGGCAAGCAUCAGUCCCAUAAGGAAAAGAUUUGUCUGAAGGAAUAGCUGUCAAAAUGGCUGGAAGAUCUUGUAAUGAAGCAUGCUAAGGAAAUAAAGCCGGUCUAAAACAUCAUGGAAGCUGAAAGAAAAAAAUAUAGAAAAGCUAAGAUACAGAGGAGGCAGUCAAUUGGCAGAGUUGCAGUGGGAAUGCUGCAAACACCUGAUCUCCAGCAGACACAGCUAGAGGAAUUUAAAAGAAAAUCUGAGUGUGAACUAAAGCAGCUAGAGAAAGAGAAAGAAGUUCUAGCUGGGAAACUUCAAAACUCUUCACUUGAGGUGGGUCAGCUAAAGCAGAUAUUAGACCAGCAAGCAACUAAUUUUAAGGAGUCUCUGAAGAAACAUAAUCUACAGUCCAACAAGGAAAAAGAGAAGCUUUUGCAGGAUCUUCAAAACAUCAUUAAAGAAAACCAGAAUGUUAAACUGCAAUUGGAGGCAUCACAUCAGAAAGUCUUAAAAAUGUUGGAGAAAAGCAAAAAUCAGGAACUCAAGGAGGCGGAAGAACGUUUGAAAAAGGAAUUUAAUGAGACUUUCAAGAGCCAACAUCAGUCUCAUAGGCUGGAAAUACAAACCUUGGAAGAGAAGGCAAAGAAAGAAUUACAUGAUGAACUCGAGCAGAUACAGAAGCAGCAAACUGUGUUGCUAGGAUCUCUAAGGGUGGAGCUCUCUGAGCAAAAGACAUUGUGCACUAACCUCAGGAAACAAAUAGAAGAACUCCAAAUGGAACUGAGGAGUGUGAGGACACUGAAGAAACAACAGGAAGGAAGUAGCCAGAGCCAGAUCAGAUCUCUCCAUGAGGAACUGGAAAAAUGUCAGAGGGAAAUUUCUGAACUCAAGAAAGAGAAUUUACUUUUGAAGGACACAAUGGAGCUACUCAGUGCUGAGUUGAAGUCGCAGAAGCAAGAAGCUGCACAGCUUCAGGAUAGAGAGAGACAGCACAGAAGGCUACUGGUAGAAGACCUCAAUAUCAAGCAUAAAAAAGAACUGGACAUACUGAAACAAGAUCACCGGAAGGAAAUUGAAAGCAUAUUAUCUGAUUUCAGCAGCGCUCAGGCACAUCUCCAAGCAAACAUUUUCUCCUUAGAAACUGAACUUAAAGAAUUAGAAGAAAACUCAAGAAAAUGGGAGUCCAGAUCAGAAGAUGCACACCUUAUAAGCUGUCUGCAAGACAAAUUAAGUGAGAAAGAAGAGAUUAUCAAGCAGCUGUCGGAAGGAGGAAAAUGUCAGCAUUCACUUUUAGCCAACAAUGAAUCUUACAGGAAUCGAUCAUUUUCUUUCAACCCCAAUACAGGAUGCUCGACUCCUUCCAUGAAGAAGAAGAAAAUGGCUGAGGCACCCAGUCGUGUUGUCAGUGUGCCGAAUUUAGCUUCCUACGCAAAGAACUUUUUGAGCUGUGACUUGAGAUCAAAAAGAAGUACUCCUCAAAUAACAAAAUCUACAAGCUUAGACCGGAGUCCUGGCUGCCUCAGGGUGGGCUCUCCAUCAGCACAGUCAUCAGACAGCAGUGCUGCCACAAG